UGUCCAGUAUAAAUUUUUAAAGAUGUAUAUCCUGUGGACUGUAUGAAAGUAAUCUGUUAGGUUGCCUGACAUCACACCAGAAACCGUAUAAAAGAUUCCAAGGAAAGAUAUGUUGCAUAUGCAAUUAUUCAAAAUCAUUACCGUUAAAAAAUUAAAUUCAAUGGCCAGUUGAAUUUACUGGCAAAAUUAGUUCCAGUUAAUGAAUUUUGUUUAUUUUUAACCAUCAAGUUCAUAUAUGCACGUCCCAGAGAGUUGCAGGUUGUGGCAUUCGUGGAGAAAGUGUGUAACUAUUAUGCGAGCUCUGAAAUGACUGGAGUUGUCAGGGCAAAGCCAUAUCCUGUCUUAAAGCACUGUAGGUAAAUCGAUUGAUAAAACAGUGAACGAACACAGUGGAGGGCGGUCUGACCUCUUACCGGACUUUGUUGGGGCCAGAGGCGACGGGCAGAUUCAAGGGGACGUUCAGAUUGGUGGGAGUCUAUGUAUCUCUUUCAAAAGGGGCGGGGGUAAAAUAAAAGCAAGAUUUCUGUCCUGCUGUCUGUCUAUGCUCAGGCAAUUGCAAAAUUACCACCGUUACGGCGACCAAGAGAGCCCAGACAGGAAACUUUGUGGUUUUUUGUUUGUUUCUCUUGAAGAAACAAGAGGGGUAUGCUGGUAUUUUCAAACUUAGGCUACGCGGUUGAUAAUCUAGAUUUGACUUUAUAAUCGUCUCUGCACUAACUUUACUUAAUGCUAUGGUAUAUCGAUAUGUGUGGAUAGGCAACAUAAUAACAGACGAGAAGAUGUUUAAAUUUCGGUAACCCCAGGUUAUUAUGUGGCGUUUUCUCGAGCCCCGGUGAAGAAUACGCAUUCACACAGCCCUUGGUGUGAACGCUGCAAACCGAAGACUCGACGGACUGGAGCAUCGGUUCGUUGUUCAUAAACACUGACAUUCUCUCUCCAAGAAACACCACUGCUUUAUUGAUGCACCCGUUUCAGUGGUGUAACGCCCUGGGAUGUUACUGCAGGGACCAGGUCGAGGGGAGGUGAAGAAUGUGUACAGCGAGGUUGAAGGGGUUGAGCUCGGGGCAGUGACCAAAGGUGCUUCUGCGGUCUGGGCCUGAUUUACUCCAAUAAAUCGUGCACGAUGCCUCCCAUCACCUUCCAGGACCUGCCCCUCAACAUCUACAUGGUCAUCUUCGGGACCGGCAUCUUCGUCUUCGUCCUGAGUCUCAUCUUCUGCUGCUACUUCAUAAGCAAGCUGAGACACCAGGCCCAGAGCGAGAGGUUUGGAUACAAAGAGGUUAUAUUAAAAGGAGAUGCCAAGAAACUACAUCUUCAUGGGCAGACGUGUGCCGUGUGCCUGGAGGACUUCAAAGUGAAAGAUGAACUGGGAGUGUUGCCAUGCCAACAUGCCUUCCACAGGAAGUGUCUGGUGAAGUGGCUGGAGGUGAGGUGCGUGUGCCCCAUGUGCAACAAGCCCAUCGCCGGGCCCCCAGAGCAGCACCAGAGCAUCGGGACACUGCUGGACGAGCUGGUGUAACCCCCGGCAACACCUCGCCCCCCCACCCACCCCCCGCCCCGCAGUGGAGAAAACUCUGCCCGAGACAUGAUGAAGUGAACCGGCACUCCUCGGCCCACCCACACACCCUUCUGUCGGCCAUGACCCGCGUCUGUCUCAGAAGGACCUGCUACAGGUUCACAACAAAGCAAAAAUGAAACGCUCAGAAAAGCAUAACAGUGAGGGAACUCCUCCCCCACAAUGAGACAGACAGUGGAUCUGAGAGCCAGACUUAGUGGUGUAAGAAUUGGGUGUGAAAUGAGGGGGCUGGUAUUUUUUGCGUUCAGCGUGCGUAUGUAUGACACACUUUAUGUAUGUGGGCUGGAGGUGCCAGGUUUGAUCCAAAGUGAGGGUUGCUUUUCCAUUUUGUUAUUUAUGAGAAAUGGACCGGGGCUAAUGCUGAUGAACCUGAAAAAAAAAAAUGUUUACAAGAUCUUCUAGCACAAGCUAUUCCGCAUCAAAGCAAAGUGUCUUCAAAUUUAUGAAGCCUUUUUGUUUGAUAGCCCUUAAAACCAACAAUUUUAUUUUACAUUCAGAUUAUAAAUCUGACUGAAAUGCAAGCCAAGUGGAUACUUUUGCCAUCUCGGUUGCUUACUGAGACUUACAUUUUUACUGAAGGUAAACGUUCAGAUUUACAUUUUUAGAGUUUCCUGCAUUUGCACUGUAAAUCUUCCAUGUGUCCUUGUGAUAAACCUGCAGCCAGUGUUCCAUGAAUCCUAUGAAGUGUUUUCAGGAUAAAGUCACAGUAAAAAAAAAAGAAAAUAAAAAAAGCCAUGGGCACUCUAUCCAGGGUCCUGUAUGUGGUGCACACUUAUUCCCUUGCACUCUGAUUUAAAGUGAAGGGACCGUAGUUGAAGCUUGCCUUGAGGUUCUGUGACAUUUCUAAAGGGGACAUAAGACUGCGGUCUCUGAGACCUGGUGGUGUAAAAAGAGGGAUGAGGUCAGUGUGAGCGUUGUCAAAACUGGCUUUUGUAUCAGUACUUCAUUUUGAUGUUAACUAUCUAAAUGUUUUGUUCUCAAUGUCACCCUGUAGUUUUUCAUGGUCAAAUGAGUGAAUAUUCUUGAAGUCACUGAAAUGGCUGAUAAGCAAACACUGCCCAGACUGAACACAACACUGAGCACAUGAAUCACUGUUUCUAAAGGCUGUUUCUGCUGUUACCCGAGUUGUAAGUUAGGUGGUGUAUUUAUAUGUUAUUAAAGGAUGACUUUACUUGCCUUGCCUUGUACAUUAGCAACCUUCAGAAUGAACUGUUUUAUACGCGGUUGCUUACAGCAGCGUGGUCAGAAUCAGAGAUCAGUUGGUUGAGAAAAUGGAAAGUUAAUUAAAAGGAAUGUACUUAAGCCAUUGGAAUAACGGAUUCCUUCCAUCUCAUUCUGAACUGUACUCCUUAAAGAACAACCAAUGGGAAUGUGAAUUCAUAAAAAGACCAGAUAAUUGAAAGUUAAUUAAGUAUAUGGAGGUACUGACCAGUGGCUAAACUGCCAACCACAGUCCUGGAGGGGGAAAAGUGUCUUCUAUUUAGCUUUAUUUUCCAGACCUGUACAUAAUUGUACCUUUUUAAUCAUAAAAUUAUCAUACCUGGUAUACCAAGUUGUUUAGGAUUUGCAGAAAACCCAGAAAAUAUGCAAGAUUGUGAUUCCCCAUGAAUGUGGUUGGUCCCUUCAAAAGGCAGCGACACUGAUCAGCACCGUGACAUGUGCAUAUGUACUCGGAGAUGUCAAGGAAAAUGGCAAUAUCCACCAGCAAAGUGCCUGAAGUUUAUAAUGCAUGCAUUUUUGAUUCCACCUUAUCUGGCCAUACAGAGAAAUAAAAUGGAAGACUGCGAAAUGUU